UGUCUGGGGUGGCUUUGGCUUGGCUUCACCUAAGCUAACUGGAGAAAGAAAGACCUCAUUGUAUAUUUUCGUUAAUAUUCUCUCUAUCCUCGGAUCGAUUGAACAUCAUAAAUGACCUAUUUAUGUGUGCACCGCAGUUAGAUUUCUUGCUAUAACGUUAAAUUGUUGCAGGAGCAGCAAAGAAACAGUUACAGACGCAAAUCAAGGCACGGCAAAGAUGUCAGACAAAAGCGACCUAAAGGCUGAGCUGGAGCGUAAGAAACAACGCUUAGCUCAAAUAAGAGAAGAAAAGAAGAGAAAGGAAGAGGAAAAGAAAAAGAAAGACUCUGAUACACAACAGCAGCAAGAGGCUGUCUCUGAGGAUUCUGACUUGGAUCGCAAACGCAGAGAGACAGAGGCACUUCUGCAGAGUAUUGGCAUUUCUCCUGAACCUCCCCUAGUCCCAACCCCUCUGUCUCCCUCUUCGCUAUCAGUCAGCACCUGUAGUGAAGCGGGCAGCCUGGAGUCUGUGGAUGGAGGGACAGGGGGCCGGGCUCUGCAGUGGGACUCUGAUCCCUCUACACUGCAGCUUUUAGCAGACUCAGACCUGGGGCGCAGGAUGUGUAGACUUGGGCCAUCAAAGAUUAUCCAGGUUGACUUCCUCCCCAAAGAGGUGGUGAGCUACACUAAAGAGACCCAAACACCCAUAGCCCCCAAUCCCAAAGACGAGGAAGAAGAAGAAGAGGAGGAGGUUCCAGAACCUCAAAUGAGCCAACCAGAGGAGAAGGAGGAGUCAGUGGAGAAGAAGGAAGAUGCACCAAGAGAGCUGACAGAAGAGGAGAGCCAACAAAUGCUUCACUCUGAGGACUUCCGGGUAUUCUUUGAUUGGUCCGUACGUGUGGUGGAAAGGGCACUGGCUGAGGAGGCAGACAUCUUGUUUGAUUAUAGCGGCAGAGACCUACAAGACAAGGAUGGGGAUAUGCAGGGUGGGUUGAAUCUCUCUUUUAAUCGACAAUUCUACGAUGAACACUGGUCAAAACAUAGAGUCGUCACCUGCCUCGACUGGUCUCCACAGCACCCUGAACUGCUGGUGGCCUCCUACAACAGCAAUGAGGAUGCUCCCCAGGAGCCUGAUGGUGUGGCUCUGGUUUGGAACAUGAAGUUCAAAAAGAUGACUCCAGAAUUCAUAUUCCACUGUCAGUCUUCAGUGAUGUCGGUGGGUUUUGCCCAGUUCCAUCCCAACCUGAUUGUGGGAGGGACAUACUCAGGUCAGAUUGUCUUGUGGGACAACCGCAGCCAUAGACGCACCCCUGUUCAGAGGAGCCCAUUGUCCUCCGCAGCUCACACACACCCUGUGUACUGUGUCAAUGUGGUGGGAACUCAGAACGCCAACAACCUGAUCACCGUGUCAACGGACGGAAAGAUGUGUUCCUGGAGUCUGGACAUGCUCUCUCAGCCUCAGGAGAGUAUAGAGCUGAUGUACAACAAGUCUAGGUCUGUAGCCGUCACAGGGAUGGCCUUUCCAACUGGAGACGUGAACAAUUUUGUGGUGGGAAGUGAGGAGGGGCUGGUCUAUUCUGCCUCCCGUCACGGCAGUAAGGCAGGCAUAGCAGAGAUGUUCGAGGGGCAUCAGGGUCCAGUUACAGGCAUCAGCUGCCACAAUGCUGUGGGAGGAGUUGACUUCUCACACCUCUUUAUUACCUCCUCGUUUGAUUGGACGGUAAAACUGUGGAGCACAAAGCACAACAAGCCACUGUACUCGUUUGAGGACAACGCAGAUUACGUGUAUGAUGUCAUGUGGUCUCCGGUCCAUCCAGCAGUGUUUGCGUCCGUAGAUGGGAGGGGUCGCCUGGACCUGUGGAACCUCAACAACGAUACAGAGGUUCCGUGCGCCAGCGUGACGAUGGAGGGGCCGUGCGCUUUAAACCAGGUCAGGUGGUCGUCGGGAGGCAAAGAGGUUGCCGUGGGUGACUCUGAGGGCGGCGUUGGGAUUUACGAUGUUGGAGAGCUGGCGGUGCCCCAUGCUGAUGAUUGGAGCCGCUUCGCCCGGACACUGGAGGAGCUACGCUCCCAUGGUGAUGGCGAGGGGGAGGGGGGCACGGAGCUGGCCGGCUGAUACCUCUUUACCCCUUUACCAGUCGGGGCAUCAGGCACCAUCAAGACAGACACUCACAUUGCCCAAUCAUAUCAUGGAACGGCACUGAUUUUGUCAGCCAAGAAGGAUGUGUUCAGUAUUCUAACAAUGCCUGGUCUGAAGUGAAUUCUCACUUUGGUGGGUUAAUGAAUCACUGUGAUCCAGUUUCAUGCUCAGGCUUAAAAGAAAACAGUUGACCAGCAAGAACGCUAAUAUAUUUUAUUUGUGCUUAA